AAUCACUGAUAUUCAAGAUAAAAUAUGGUAACAUUAAUUUUCGAUUUUUACUAACACAGAAGUCAAAGUCACCGAAUAAAUAAUAAUGACCACCUUGUGGAGUAUUAUAGGAAUUCUAUUAUAUGUACUCAUUGUACUUGUAAAUUCCAAAGCAGUUUUGUUGGAUGAGGAAGAAUGUGGUACACUGACACACAGUAGAGGAGUCCGAUAUUUACUGGCAGAUAACCCCGGCAGGAUAUUAGCAGCUAGGGUACGAAAGCAAGUAGCAAGUUUGUAUGGCAAAAGACUGAGAACCUACAACCUGCGCUCAUACAGGAGACAAGAGUCGCCACCAGAUGAACGUGAUCUCAUUAAUUAUUAUAUGAAGAUCAAGGUAAAGCACCGUGAAUAUGUCCACAUCAAAGUGUCCAGGUACAUACCAGCACCAAGUAAGCCUAGGAGUCCAUUUCUACGCUGGGCAGUGAAAGGAUUCAGGAGACAAGAUUGUAUAUGUGGAGAUACCCCAACCUGUACAAUACCAAAAGCAGCAACUAAAGCUACAGGAUAACUGACCAUUGAUGAAUGACUAUAUGAAAUUAUCUUUACAUACCAAUUAGUUUUCAACAUUUUACAUUACUUUAUCUUACAACGUGUGUGAACUUGUUCAAGUAGUUCAGCAGCGUCACUAAAUUAUAUGAAGUUACAACUAGGGUUUAAGUUUGGAAGAAAAUGCACCAAAAACUGCAAAAAAUACUACCACUAUAAUGAUAUUAUUUGAAUGUGACAUUUCAGGUACUACUACUCAAAUCCAUGACUGAAUAAUGCUGUACUCUCAAAAACUACCAUAAAACACCAAUAGUAACAUAUAAUAUGGUACUAUCCUCCAAUAGCAUCAUAUAGUGCCAUACCAAUCUGAACUGUACAGUCCUAUCAAUACGCAAAAAUAUCUGGAUAUAGCACUGUAAAACUAAUCUAAAUUGUGUGUUUUAGAGAGCAGAUUGGGGAAGUAGCACAUUUAUAUAUUGAUGUACUAAAAAGUUGGCUCAAUAAAGCUCAGGCAAUCUGAAAUUAUUGCAAACUGUAAGCAAAACUUGAUUUCACAUUUUUAUAAAUCUGAAAAAUUGCAACUUCCAAAGUUGGCAAUCACACAAUCAACCAAAACCUAUACAAGGCUUCUUUUGUGCAAAUAGUGUAGCAUGAAAAAAUAAAUGAUGCAGAAAACAGUAUUAGAAGUUCAAAGACUGACAGCUGUACUUCCAUGCUGUUCACCAAGGUGUUUUUAAAUUAUGUUUGAAUGAAUAGAUG